UAUUCAGGACGUGGCCGUAGUGUUCAUCCAGCAUGGAGACUUCUAGAUAAACAAGACAAACUAAGCUAAAGAAACGUUUAUUUAUUCAGUUGUAGUCUGAGACGCUUAUUAUCGCUUUUUUUUGCUGAAUUUUAUAGCGAAAGAUUAUUUCGAGAUAAAACAACACUAAUAAUCGUUUGUGAAAUCAUGCCGUCCAGCUGCGACUCUCUCGUCGACGAUAUCGAGGACAUGGUGUCCUCCAGCGAGCCGGCUCCUCUCCAGCGCUCCUCCACCAGACAGUCCGUCGUUCCCCGAGUGAGGAAACGGAAAGAUCUCCUGGCGAACGAGGAGCUGCAGGUGGACAGCGUGAUCCCGGGCACACAGAAAGUCUGGUUGAGGACGUGGGGCUGCUCACACAACAGCUCAGACGGGGAGUACAUGGCUGGACAACUGGCUGCAAGCGGCUACAAGAUGACUGACGACCCGUCCGAUGCAGAUGUUUGGCUGCUGAACAGCUGCACGGUGAAAAACCCGGCGGAGGAUCACUUCAGGAACAACAUCAAGAAGGCUCAGGAGCAGAAUAAGAAGGUGGUGGUAGCAGGAUGUGUUCCUCAGGCUCAGCCCAGGAUGGACUACCUGAAAGGCCUGAGCAUUAUAGGGGUCCAGCAGAUCGAUCGUGUGGUGGAGGUGGUGGAUGAAGCGGUGAAAGGUCACUCUGUACGUCUACUGGGUCCGAAGAAGGAUAAUGGCAAGCGGCUUGGCGGCGCUCGAUUGGAUUUGCCGAAGAUUAGGAAGAACCCGCUGAUUGAAAUCAUUUCCAUCAAUACAGGAUGUCUGAAUGCGUGCACGUACUGCAAGACCAAGCACGCGCGAGGCGACCUGGCCAGUUACCCCAUCGAAGAACUGGUGGAACGAGCCAGACAGUCCUUCCAGGAGGGGGUGUGUGAGAUCUGGCUGACCAGCGAGGACACGGGUGCUUACGGGAGGGACAUCGGCACGGAUCUGCCCACGCUGCUGUGGGAACUGGUGAAGGAGAUCCCCGAGGGCUGCAUGCUCCGCCUGGGCAUGACCAACCCACCCUACAUCCUCGAGCACCUGAAGGAAAUGGCAAAGAUCCUGACCCACCCGCGAGUGUACGCCUUCCUGCACGUCCCUGUCCAAUCAGCAUCAGACAGCGUGUUGAUGGACAUGAAGAGAGAGUACUGCUGCGACGACUUCACGCGCGUCGCCGACUUCCUCAGGGACAGGGUUCCAGGCAUCACCAUCGCCACCGACAUCAUCUGCGGCUUUCCAGGAGAGACGGACGAGGACUUCCAGCAGACGAUGGAGCUGGUGAGAAAGUACCGAUUCCCGAGCCUCUUCAUCAACCAGUUCUACCCACGACCCGGAACUCCCGCGGCCAAGAUGGAGCAGGUCCCGGCUCAUGUGAAAAAACAAAGAACCAAGGAGCUGUCUGCAUUGUUCCACUCGUAUAACCCGUACGACCAUAAGGUUGGAGAGAGGCAGAGUGUGUUAGUCACCGAGGAGUCGUUCGACGCUCAGUACUACGUCGCCCACAACAAAUUCUACGAGCAGGUUCUGGUUCCCAAAAAGCCGGAGUUCAAGGGGAAGAUGAUGGAGGUGGAGAUCUUCGAGGCGGGGAAGCACUUCCUGCGAGGUCGCCCGGUGGAGGAGUCCACAGCCAUCACGCCAUCCAUCAGCCAGCCGCUGGAGAAGGGAGAAAUAUCCGGCCUCGUCCAGAAACGGAAUACUCCGUGCCCGAAUGGCGUCCGUGCCCCCCUGACGCCCCCAGCGUCGAUCAGUCGCUCGUGGAAUCCGGACGGUCAAGGACUCAAGCUGCUCUCAGUAGCAUUGGCUCUGCUGGCUAUUGUAGUGGUUUUCAUCUUUGAGAAACUUCAAUGACAUUGAAACAGAGCCCAGCCCUGUGUUGUGUGUGUGUGUGUGUGUGUGUGAACAACAGGAUCCUCCAAAUGUCGCACAUCUGCGACGCGUCUGUGAGUUAAGGUCAAACCGAGGCAAUGUCCUUCAUGAGCUUUUGAGUUCACUGAAAUGGCUGAGGACACGGCGGGCGAAAGAUUCGACUAUUUAUUGUAAAGUUCGCCUUCGACGCAGAAAGGAUCCUGUACUUCGACUCUGUGGUCAAUCAUUCGGACCUUUUUAAUCUGUUGAAGGCUCACGUUUUAGAAAUCAAGCUACAAGGACAUCCUGAAAACACCACUGAGUUCUGUGUGUUUUAUGUUGCUUUUAAAACGAUGUAUAUGGUUGUUUUUGUUCUUUUUUUUUUGCCCACAGUCACACAGCAGUGUCUUUUUCUGUCCAUCAACCUCAUUAAACAAAGCUCCACA